AUGAUUUUAUUUUUUUUACUUUCACUAGUUAGAAGUGGAGAAAUCUCGCCAUAUCUUAGAAAACCAAUAGAACCUUCGGUGAAUAAUGAACUGGAAAUAUCAGACUACGUCUUCACAUAUACCACUGCAACCGAUAUGUUCAAAGGUGAUCAAUUACUAAUAAAAUUUCCCACUUAAUACACAAGUUUGGCAAUAAUCGACUAUUAAAUUACACUUUAGAAAUGGAACCCAGAUCUGCUAAUAUGGUAAACAAUGACAGGAGGCAGCUGCACUUAUAUUCCUUCUGGCCCUAAUAAUCCUUCGCUUUUUAAAAUAACCCUACCUGAUGUUAAAGCAGGUAAUUACAAACUAACAAUACCCUCAAUACCCAAUCCAGCAUAUGGAGGGACAGGGAACUUCAAGAUGGAAACUCGUAGAAAUGAUGUCUACAAAAAAGAUGUGAAUUUGAUUGAUUUUAAUUAUGCAUUUGGAAAAGUGGGAAUAGCGAAGGCAGCAACAGAUUUAAGUGGAAUAAGUACUACAUAUUUAGCAUCUGGUGUAAACUUGAUUAAUAAAGUGACAUUCACAUUCUAAACAAAUAUCUUGAUACCAAAGGAUGGCAGACUGACUUUAGAUUUGUCUAAAUCAAUUUUAUCAAUCUCAGAUGAUCAGUAUUCCAGUACAACUACUUUAAAAGGGAACAUCACAAGAUAAGGAAUGAUGUUUUAAAUAAAUGGUUUUGAAGAUAAUUAAGCAGCAGCAUCUUAUGAGAUUGCAAUUUCAGGAAUAGUAAAUCCAAAAUAUUCAGGUAUUCCUGGAGAAUUUACAUUAAGAACAUGGACUAACAAUACGAAUACCAUACUGAAUCAAAAGAAGGCAGUCAAUUUGCCAUCAAUCACUCCAGGAACAUUGACAGAUGUGACAGUAUCUGCUCAUUGUACAUUGACUGGAUAAACUGAAAUUAUUUCAGUAAACGACAUCACAAUAUAUUAAAUUACAUUUUCUUUAAUAAAUGCUGUAGAAUCAACAGGCUAGAUAAUAAUAAAUUGGUUAAGUGGAGGCCUAUUUGAAUCGUGUUAUGUAACUAAUGGAUUAUAUGAUUAAAGUGAAAAUGCGUAAGUUAAGUGCACUCAAAAUGCCAAUCAGUUUUUGAUCUAGAAUUUUAAAAGAGUUUAACCUAAAACCUAAAUAGUAGUGUAAUUCAAAGCAACCAAUCCAGCCAGUGCUCCUUUGUCAAAUUUAGAAAUAAAGACCUAUUAAGAUUUAGCACAAUUACAAUUAGUAGAUACAUAUGCAAGUGCAACUGGAUUGACGUUGCAAUCCUUUCCAUAAUUCGGUACAUUUGAUAUCACUUUUCCAACACCUGAUCAUCAAAGAGCAGCUUAAACAGCUACUUGGGUUGUGAAUUGGAAAAAUGCAAUAGUUCCUGCCACAUCAUAUUAAUUAAAACUAAUAUUUAGUACAAGUUUCUCCUUUAGUGGACUGUCUUGCACCGCUGUAAAUGAUGCAGCUGUGACUGACACUGGAACAUGUUCUAGUAGUGGAUCCACUCUGACAUUCACUUUUGGAAAUACUGCAUUUUCAUCGACAAAUAAUAACUAACUUACAAUUGUAGGUGUGAAGCAUCCCACAACUCCAGGGGAAUAUGUAGUUGCUGUAAACUUAAUCUCAAAUCUGAAUGUUGUAGUUUCAAGGAGAACAGUUUAUUUCUAGGUAUUACCGUACAAAUUAACUUCAAUUCAAUCCUUUCGAUUGUCUCAAGAUUAAUUGAUAAAGACCUUGAUUUAUUUUAAGUUUCCUGCUUUAAAUGAUAUCCCGAGUUCAGAAUGGCAAUAGGAUUUUAAUAUAAUGACUUCUGAGAUUUGGGUAGAAUUUUAAACUGUGGAUUCAUUUCAUCCAGCCCCUGCCAAUUAUUAAUUUUUAACUGACUUGGGUACAGGUUUGACAGAUCAAGCAAACUUUCCAUGUUACGGUUAUUCGAAAUUAUAACCUCUAAGUGGAAAUUCAGAAAUAAAAUGUACAUUAAAUAAGCCAAGCGCUACACCUGAUCCUGCAAGAGUUAAAGUUCAUCAUUUUAGAGCAGUGUUAAAGAAUGAAUAAUUCGAGUUGCAUCUACCGAAUAUUCAGAAUCCAGAAUGUGAAUCAUACUUGGUAACUGUUGAUGAUCUAUGUCGAUCGACUGCCUCAGUAACUAUUAAGAUUCUCCUAAAAAAGAACAGAAGAUAAUAUAUAAUGUAUCAAAAUGAUCCAACUGAUGUUAAUUUGAUCUUCCCUGCUGUCCUACCUAAGAUAGUAGUUAAGAACAAAUACAAUGACAACUUAGUAGGGGGACUGCCAUCACAAGCCUCACCGAAGUUUGUGCCUACAACAAUCAACCAAUAGUCUAGCAUUUAAAUCAGAUAUGAGCCUGGAUCCACUAAACCUCUAAAAUCAGCAGUUGACACUUCUUAAGGCAUUAUAUUUAUCUUCCCGUAAUUGCCAAUAACAGAUCCUUAAGCCUACAUUGUAAACAAGAAUGUUCAAUGCAGUUUGGGAUUGCUAACACAAUUAAAUUGUUAUGCAUAUAGAGAAGUUGGGUGGGUGGUUGUUAUUCCAACUGCAUUGAUGGACAUACCAGGAGCAAGUGCUCUAGAUGUAACAUUUUAUUUGAAAAAUUUCAUAAACCCUUAUUAUGCAGCUGAUCCAAUUGGGUACAUUCAGAUUAUAACAAUUAAAGACAAUCAAUAGUGGGAGCGCAUGAUCUUCCAAGAUUUAUCAAAUUUUAGUCCUGGAUCUGCAAAAUCCGUUUAGGUAACAUCUAGAAGAUACGAAGCCAAUAUGAUCGAUGUAGAAUACAAUUGGUUGUUUUCAUUCAAUAAUGACAUACCUGCUGGCGGCAAAAUCUAUUUGAUUUAUGCAGUGAACUUUUAUGAUCAUGGUGGUGUAGGGAGAACUAUAGAUUUCGAAGUCAAAUAAGGAUUAGAACCAGCCACCGAUGAAUUUUUAAGUAGCAAAAAUACAAAUAUUUACAUAAUAGAAAAAUUCAAACCUUACACCAAAGGAACUGUUAUCAGUAUAAAAAUGACAGGAGUAAAAAACCCACCUAAGGCUGGAUUGACAAAUCUGUUUGGUGUAUCCUCAUUGACUUCAGAUAAUUACUAUAUUGAUUCAACAACAGAUGUUGCAGCCAUGACGAUUAUUCAACAAGUACCCAUAGGGGAAAUAGUAUUCAAUCAUUUUAGAAUGUAUCCAGAUAAUGGAUCACCUCCAGAUUCCAUAUUUCCAGCCACUUAUGAAAUCAGUUUUUAUCCCACUCGUAAUAUCCCCAAAAACGGCGAUAUUUUUAUCACCUUUCCUUAGGAUUUUUAAGCCUCAUCACAAUGGGCUACUUUACCUAGUGACCCACUUGAGUCACUCUCCCACUCUUUUCUGGAUACCAUAACUGAUGAUUCAGACAUUAGAUGUUAUGUUAGUGGAUCUCUUAAAACAAUGAAAGAUUGUUCUAUUGAGAAUUUGACUGUCAGAAUCACUCUUGAUACAGAAUUGAGAAUUGAAGCAGGCAUGGAGCCAGUCAUAGUUACCAUAUUAAAUGUUCGAAAUUUCAAUGAAGACAAAAACUCUGGAGUUAUAGUUGUUCAGACUAUCUAUGAUGCUGUUGUGUUAGAUGAUAGUGGUACCACUGAGACUAAUAGGAAAGCCACAAGUGGUUUGAAAGCAACCUUCAUGACAAAUACCCAAUAUUCUCUUCUAUACUAUCCUCUAACUGAAGGUGUCCAAGCAACCUACGAAUUAACUCUCAAACCCACAUUAGACAUUUAGGUCACUGCAACCAUCGUAGUGGAAUUUCCAGCUAUGUUCCCUUAUGGUUUAGGUGGAAGUGUAGGAUGUGACAUUCCAUUGUUAAGCAAAGCAACUAAUGAUCCUAUUUAAUGCAGUGUCUCUGCAUGGUAAAUUACACUGUCUAAUUUAAAGGCCUAUGCUCCAACUGCAGAUGGUUUUGUGGUGAUAAUCACUGGUGUUCGAAACCCUAAUUAAAUAGUCACCUCAUCAACUAAAUAGCUCAAGUAAGGCAUCAGAGUGUACAUCAUGUCCAAUGCAACACAUGCCCAAGAAUUCGUUUCGAAUAUGGGGGUUCUCUCAUUUACUCCGGCUGCUUCCAUACUACAAUUACAACAAUUGUACAUCACAUCCUCCAACACAAGGGAUUAUGCUGAUUACACUCUUGAAUUACAGCCUGAAAUCAAUGGAUCUCCAACUAAAUUUAAGUUGGACUUCUAAAAGGGUUAUUAAAUAGCUUCUCUGUGGAGUGAAAAGAAAUUGACUUUGGAUGGUAACCCAUUUGACGUUGAACCUUCAGGCAAUAGUUUUAGUUUUGAUACUACGUUCACUGCCGAUAUAACCAAAACCUUCUCAAUUGUAGUCCAAAAACUACCAAAUCCUUUGGAUGAGGGUAUUUGUCCAGGCUAUCCAGAUCUAUCCCUUUAUGAUGGCACUACUAAAUAAAUCAUCAUGUAGACCUAUUCGAAUUUAAUGCAACCCUCCACACCAGACUUUAAACAUGCAGGUAAAUUGAUUAUAAUUGAUGAUGAUGAUCCCAACCAUUAUAUCGAAGCUGGAACAUAUACCAAUAACAUUACAUUGUCUUUGUACCCAGUAGAAGCUGCAUCACAAACGAUGGAGAUAUCGCCAUUGUUUGAUGAGGCUUUCAAGGAUAUAUUGACAAUAACUCCAAUGCUAAUAGAUGCUGGUUAGAAGACUGGAUAAUUUAGAAUUGGGGUGGAUACUUCAAUUGCUGUUUUGAGAGUGGUCAUAAAAUUCACCCAUGAAAUUAGUGAUUACAUCCCAGUUCGACCUAUUUAUUUAUGGAUCUAAAGAUACAAAAGUACAAUUACAUAUUAACUUAGAUAUUUCAAUAAGUGUGAGCGAUGUAUUUUAGGUUCCAGCUGGAGGCAGAAGCAGUGUGUAAACUGUGGAAAUGUCAUAUGGAUCAUAUAAACCUAUUAUAUUCUCAUUCUAUCUCUUGAAUAACCAACCAAAAUACUCAGCAGUCUAUCCAAAAACAAUUACUCUGAGUGAUGGUCAAAAGACUGGCUAGUUCUGGGUUUCAUGUGGAAUGAAUACGGAAGGUGCAAAUGGAUAGUUAUUGACAAUAAUAUCUGGAGAUGACAAACCAACAUUCUAAGUAGCCAAUAGAGUCAGAAACUUUAGUGUGAUCAAUCCUGACUUAAACAUUCCCUUCAUAGUCAUUAAAUAGAUUAUGCUUGCUGCAGAUUCCUUGGUUUAAGUUCGCAUAGUCACGAAUGAACCAUGCACAAUCUAUUUUGCAGUUGUUCCCACUUUUAUUAGAGAGAUAACCUUACAGUAAAUUAAAAAUAAAAUAUUGCCCUAUGAUUACUUUAAUUAUCCAUUUAUCUUUGGCGAAUAUGUUUAUGAUUCACCAACCUAUGAAUAUCAAAUACUUGUAGAUUCAUUACAAGUUUCAACAGCCUAUUAAUUUGUGGCCUUUGUUGAAGACUACUCUGGAAAUCUCGCAGAUGCUCCUGCCAUUCUAUAAUUCAACACUACUAACUACACAGAUCCUCAUUUAGAUUCACUCUCACUCACAUCAAGUCCGACAGUCAUUGCAGAUACUAACACUUCAUUAACAUUGUCAGGUCUCUCAGGCAAAAUUCAUGCAAUAGCCCUUAAAAACCCAUCUUAUAUAUAUUAAAACCAUUUUGCAGCAGACUCUUCAGUGUUAAGAAGCAGAAGAAUUUUAUAAGAUUCAACUACAACGGAUACAACUUCAACUGAUACAACUACUAAUACUACUGACACAACUACAACUGAUACAAAUACUACUGAUACAACUAAUUCCACCAAUACUAAUGAUACGACAACAGACACUGAUAAUAAUAGCAAUUCAACUGGCAUAGGUGUCAUAAAAUCAGAUCCAUAUGUCCCUGAUGCUAGUGAUUACACCUGUAAAGUCUUGAGUAUCAACUAUCUCACCCAAAUUUGUGAACCAGUAGCCGAUCGUAAAGCCAACUUUACCAGAAUCGAUUAUUAUGCUUAAUGUUUACUAUUCUAUUUAAUUUUAGAACUUAUUAUACCCCCAACAGGCAAACAAAUUUCAAGAGGAGAGAAUCACGAAGGAAUACUAGUAGAACAUUAUACGACUUCUUCUGUAUACUCUAUUUUUAAUAUUCAUAGGAUGGAACUAUUAAAUUUGCUAAUCUAGUCCCAGAUAGUGAUUACUUCAUCUUCAUCAUUCAAGAAUCAAAUUCAUAAUUUUCAUCUAAACCGCUUAUGGUAAAAGGGACUACAAGAACCUUAUUUGAACUCUACAUCCUGAAACUGCUAGUACCAGUAUUAAUAUAUAUUUUAAUUUGA